AUGACACUAAAGUCCUUAUCAAUGCUUCAAACUAAAUAUUGUAGCACAUUAAUUGAUGUGCCAGAAAUCAUAAAGAGCCUUAAAGUAUCCACUCAAUUUAGUCCUUCUAUUUCGCAGCAGCUAGCAAGUUCAACUCUUGAACUCCCAUCCAAUAUUACUGAUUUAUUAAGUUAG